AUGAUGAGUUUGCAUGCAUUGCAGAACUUGAAUGUUUCUAGAAAUAAUCUGAGUGGAGCAAUCCCGAAGACAAUUGGCAAUUUGAGCAAAAUUGAAUCACUUGAUUUAUCUAGAAAUGAACUCUCUGGUCCCAUUCCACCAAGCUUGUCAUCUUUGAAUUUUUUGAGCCACUUGAACUUAUCAUUCAACCAUUUAUAUGGGAGAAUACCAACAGGAAGUCAACUUCAAACCCUCAAUGAUCCAUCCAUUUACAUGGGCAACGAAGGACUUUGUGGUGACCCUCUUUCAAAGGGUUGCCCCAAUGAUGUACCAUCUUUUGUUAAUCAAUCUACAAAAACCAGUAGUGAUGAUGAUCAUGAAUUUUUCAUGUGGUUCUAUGCUGGUAUUUGCCAUUGGUCUUUAAUGUGGAUUACUCUUGACAUGUUGGAAGGGAGUUUCUUCCUCUACCCUGAAAGGCAAAAGAGAAGCUGCUAUGUAUUCUUGGUUGUUGAUUUUGAUGUAAUUUGCAAUUGA